AUGGAAGGCACUCGUAGUGCCCGAGGCCGUGGACGUGGGGGUAGGCAACCCACGAUUAAAUGGGAUGCGGGGACCGCUAUGCCCGAACCAAAUACUGAACCCCAAAUCGACCCCAAUAUUCAGGUAGCCGCUGCUAUCCAGCGGAUGACCGAUCUUCUAGCCCAGGUAGUGCAACAACAGGGCCUCAACCCUAAUCCACCAGUUGGUAACCCCGAAAACCCUGGAAAUCAUGUCGAGAGCGAAGAUCGAGCUCUUGAACGGUUUCAAAAAUUCUCUCCACCAAAGUUUCUUGGAGGACCCGAUCCAGACAUGGCCGAACAGUGGCUAGAGAAGAUGAUAGAUAUUUUUGCCGCCUUACGCUACUCGGAAGAAAGGCAAGUUACUUUUGCGGUCUUCCAAUUAGAAGGGGCCGCUCGCUCUUGGUGGAACAUUAUCCGGACCAAGUGGGAGAGAGAACAGACGCCACGGACAUGGGUAAAUUUUGUAAGGGAAUUCAAUGCCAAAUACUUUCCGCCCUUGGUCCAAGAGAAAAAGGAAGACGAAUUUAUUCGUCUACGCCAAGACACUCAAUCGGUGGCCAAAUAUGAGAGCCAAUUCACACGAUUGUCCAAGUUUGCCCCUGAACUUAUUCUAACCGAACAAAGGAGGGCGAGACGUUUCCUUCAGGGGCUUGACGUAGAAAUUCAAAAGGAUUUGGCUGUGGCCCAAAUCACCACCUUUAGUGAUGCAGUUGAGAAAGCUUUACGAUCUGAGAAUGCCAGGCUUCAAGUAAGGAAUUUUCAAAAUAGAAAACGUGGAGCUUCCGGGAGUAGCUCAACUCAAGGGAAUAAGAGUACCCCUCCCAAAUUUGGAAGGGGAGCCGGAGGGGGACGGUUUUCGGGUACGGCAAGAGGGACUCCACCCCGAGGUGGCCAAACGGGACGAGGCCAGCAGAGAAGCGUCUCACAAGGAAGUUCAGCCACCGUUUCUCGUGGGUCGUGUAGCUUCUGUGGGAAACCAAACCACACGGAGAAUGACUGUUGGAGGAAGCAGAACAAGUGCUUACGCUGCGGGAGUGCGGAGCACCGGCUAGCCAGUUGUCCGGUUCAGUCUCGAGAAGCGAAAGGAGCUACUCAGUCAUCGAAGGCUACCUCAGAUCAGUCACGGGUAGAAGGAGCAAAACCGAAGGUGCCUACUCGAGUAUACUCCAUCGAGCAACGUCCAGUUCCUGACUCGGCAGAGAUGAUGGAAGGUAUGAUCCCUGUCUUCCACCUCCUAGUUAGAAUUUUGAUAGACCCUGGUGCCACCCAUUCCUUUGUUAACCCUGAGUUUAUGUGUGGAAUUGAUAUAAACCCUGUCACUCUCCCCUAUUAG